UCUGCAUAAUUACAAUGUUCAUCCCUGAUAUGGCAGCUGGUCGUCUGUUUUUGGUCAUCGUCCUUCUAUUUCAGAAACCAGUGAUUAGUACCAGUCAUAAUGAGGAGGAUUUCAUCAUCAAAUGUUUGAUUCCUGGACUUGCUGGUAGAGACACCACAUGUAACCUGUAUAUUGGAGAGAAGAAUAAGCCAUUCUUGAAAACACGGAUAUGGAAAAAGAAAACCCGAAAAGCCAAGCAAUGGUACUGUACAUUCUCUGUGACCGAAGACGAUCUGAUCAGACAUCUACAGUCAGUGAGGAGUAAGGAGGUGAGCUGUGACUACAGAGUGAGCUCAGGACCAAACUCUCUCUCUCCAUGUAGUGAUGGAUACAGCUUUACAGAUCUGGUGGAAGUUCACAUCAGUGAUCCAACAACUAUUACAGCAGGAUUGACCUCUCCUUUGACCCCCAGCACAGUAGUGAAUCCUACGUCAGGUUGGACUGUUCUUUCUACUUUGACCAUUGACACCGCAAAGAUUUCAACUGAAGGUCAAAGCUACACAGAAAGUGAUGUUUUUUCAAACAGUCAAGAAAGCGUUACAGCAUGUUCAACUGUUGCUUCUACUUUGACCCUUGACAUCACAGUGAGACCAACUACCAGUUUGACCUCUCCUUUGACCCCCAGCACAGCAGUGACUACUACAUCAGGUUCGACUGUUCGUUCAACUUUGACUACUGACACCACACUGAGUCCAACGGAAGGUGAGUAUGGCCACUAUAUUUUUGUUUAGUGCUUUAACUUUUCUCAAACAAUUUGUCACAUUAUAGAAGGUGUGAACAUGUUAUCACUCUAUACUGAUUUGUGUUAAGCAUUUAAGGUCCAAUGCAGCAGUUUAAAAAAAUCUCAAUCUCAAAUAAUUUCUGGGUAACAAUUAAGUACCUUACUGAUUUUUUUUAUAUUAAAAUUGUCAGAAAUAAACCAAAAUAGCUUC